AUGGUGUGGGGUACAGUUGUUGGCGGAGGUGUGGAAGUGGGGGCGGACACAGGGGCGGGUGGGAGGAUGGAUGUGGGUGUCCUGGGUGAAGAACGCAGAGAGGGAAGCGGAGGCAGCAGAGGGGGUGGCAUGCACGCACAGCUGGGAGCGCAACCACCGGGGCAUCUGCUGCUGCAGGUGUGGCGAGAGCAGGCGAUCGUCUAUUGGGGAGGCCAGGGGGAAAGGAUGGAUGGAGGGGAGGAAGAGACGUGUAUAGAGGGUAUUUUCGAGACGUCUCAACAUUACAUCUGCUGCUGCAGGUGCGGCGAGAGCAGGCGGUCGUCUAUUGGGGAGGCCAGGGGGAAAGAAUGGAUGGAGGGGAGGAAGAGGGAAAAUGAAGGUGGGGAAAAAGGAGUGUAUGAUGAUGAUGAUGAGGAGGAGGAGGAGGAGGAGGAGGAGGAGGAGGAGGAGGAGGAGGAGGAGGAGGAGGAGGAGGAGGAGGAGGAGGAGGAGGAGGAGGAGGAGGAGGAGGAGGAGGAGGAGGAGGGAGAGAUGUGA